ACGUCGUGGUCUUUAUGUCAGCUCCUUUUUCGGAGGAAAACAAAGCCCGUUGAACAUUGGAGGUCGGACAGCUAGCGCUCGGACUCAGUGGCGUAACACGAAUUCUCUUCUCUUCGCAAAAGAACAACGGGGCAGCCUUUGACGGCAGUGGCAAGCUUUAGGAUCUAUCGACUCUCCUAAUGAUACAUCAGUGUUGAGGCACCUCCGUACUUCCUCAGGAUGGCUAGCUGUGGAGAGGUAGACCACUCCGUCAGUUCGCUUCCAUCCAGCAAGAAAGGCGGCGGCGGCAACAACAACAACAGUGGUGGUGGAAGCGGGAACAGUGCCGAAUCAGCAUGCCCUGGCUCCAGUAACCCGUCCCCAGCCCUGUCCGUGCCGGAGUGUGCCAUCUGUCUGCAGAGCUGUGUCCACCCAGUCCAACUACCAUGCCAUCACGUCUUCUGUUUCCUGUGCGUGAAAGGAGCAUCCUGGCAGAGCAAACGCUGUGCUCUCUGUAGACAGGAAGUACCGGAUGACUUCAUGGAAAGGCCCACUCUUCUCUCUCCGGAGGAGCUGAAGGCGUCGGCGGGCGGUAGGGGUGGGGCAGCCAGUGAUCACGCCUGGUAUUACGAGGGCCGUAACGGUUGGUGGCAGUAUGACGAGCGGACCAGCCGCGAGCUGGAGGACGCUUUUUCCAAGGGCAAGAAAACCGCUGAAAUGCUUAUUGCUGGGUUUUUAUAUGUAGCUGACUUGGAGAACAUGGUGCAAUACAGGCGCAACGAGCAUGGUCGCAGGCGCAAGAUGAAAAGGGACGUUUUGGAUAUCCCGAAGAAGGGAGUGGCGGGACUGCGUUUGGACACGGAGGGUGUUACUGGGGCCACUGGGGCAGCAGGACGGGAAAGCUCUGCCGACGGAGCCGAUAUGACGGUAGCAGGUGCACAGCAGCAGGUUCCAGGUAUACCCUCUACUGUUACAGCCCCUCCAGCACCUACCAGACCUCCCACCUCCCUUGGCGCUCAGCCGGGCAGCGGCCCCACUGUGGAGGAUGCUCUUUCCCAACUGCAGAUCACACCCAGGCCCACGCCUUCAAAUGAGCGGUCUGAUGCUGGGGAAGGGGAGGAUGAGGAAGAGGAGGCCUCACCCUCCAGGUCCUCUGACCCCCACACCUCUGUAGACGAGUCUGGCUCUGGAGACUGGAGCGAUGAUGAAGAGGAGGAGGAGGGGGGAGGAGAUGGAGAGCAUGUAGAGCCCUGGGGGGAUAGGCCACGGAGGCAAAGACUGACUCCAGAGGACAGAACCGCUCCUGGCGCUGAGUCCGCCUCGCCUCCUUCAUCCAGUAGCAGUGGAAGGUCCAGAAUGCCUGAUGGCCAGUGCACGGUGACUGAAGUGUGAAGUCAUCCUUAAGGCCCUCAUCAACAAAUUGCUAUUUUUCAUUUCAUUAAUUUAUUCCUCGCUGUAUGCUGUUGUUUACUCCUGUCAUGGAUCCAAUGUGGGUCGAUUGCUCGGUAAAAGAGAAACAAAAAACAUAACCCACAUCCAGAAUAAUUUGCGGUAAACAACUAAAUUUGCUCACAAUAUUUCUGGCUGUAUCUGUAUGGUUUGUUUCCGAUAUACAGAUAAGUAGAAUUACUGUUGAGGGUUCUAGUCAUGAGACCGCAGGCACAGCCUUCUUUUGGGUCAGAUGGAUGCCGCAUGUUGUGAGUCGGCUUCCUUGCCUAUCCAAGGAAAUCUCGUCUGUAAAUUGAUCAUGCCGCUACUCUGGGGGGUUUGUGGGAGUCAGGUCAGUGACAUCUGAGGGAGAAAGCAUCAAUGGGGACAUUACUCCUAAAAAAUGGAACCGUACACCGUGAUCACGAACAGCUAAAUUUAACAUAGCACUCAAAAACGGGCUUGUUAGAGCUCAAAUCACCCUCUAGUCAUGCAACGAAUUUAACCGCUGAUAGUUCCCAGCCUCCACCUUACCUAACCGAUUUAGUCUUACUUUGGAUUGAACUGAUAAUGAAGGCUUUCCUUCUAAUCUGAUACUUUGGAAAUGGAGUCAUUCCCAAGUAGAUUGUUUGUUUGGUGAAGAGCUUUUUAGGUCGUUUAUCCAGGUAAAAAGGAAACAUUUGUACUUUACUUGUCAGCAAUGUUUGAACUUAAAACUCAAUUAAUGUGCUACAACAUGGCAACUCGAGAGCCCGCAGGAUAUUCUAGCUACCUGCUCUUUGGCAGAAAAUCUGGUUGUAAUUGACCUGCAGCUUCUGAAAUCUGUAUCGUUAACAAAUCCUGUUUUAAAUGAAUGUGCAAUAUAGAAGCGCAUAUUGAAUUCAUUUGAGCCAUUCCCAGCUUUAAAUAAUUUGAAUGGGAAGUAUCAGUGUUUUCAUCAUUAAAGUCUUCUUACUGUCCCUGACUGAAGUUUUCUCAGAGUGUCUCUAAUGUUUUGUGAUUCGUGCAUGUUUCAUGUCGGCAGGUUGAGGAGAGAACGUUUUUGAGAUUGUUUUAACAAAUAAUGUUGUGUCUCUGUUGGUUGUCCAUCCGUAUGAUGUCAGAGGCAGUCCGUUGCUAUUGGCCACCCUGUAGAUUUUCAAGUUGUCAUUUUUUCUUUUUUUUCUUCCAUCACCAGCUCAGUCUUCUAAAGAAUAAAGUUUAUGUAACAGUUUUUUUGCUCUGCAAAUUUCUUACAUGGUUUGUGAUUUAACAAUAAAUUUGAUUUCAUCAUCAUGA